UACAGCCUGUUUUUUCUGUUUCCUGUUUGUAUUUCAGAGUGGACCCUCGCCAGCAUCCUCCGUGGUCUCCAUCCCCAGGGAGCAGCUGACCAGGUAGACGCCCUGACUCCGUGCCAGGUUCGGAUCCCAUCGCUCACUCUCCCUUUCUUCCUUCCUAGGCUUUCGCUACCAGCGGCUAACUUCCACAGAAUCUAUGCCCCCCUCUCCGGAUUCAGUCCCGACAACGGCCAACGGCUCCUCUAACUUCAAGGAACGGGUGGCGCGACGGCUGAAUCCUCUGCCGACCCUGCUUGUCAUCCGCGCCUUCAUGCCUCAGAAGAGGUACAAAGAAUUCCGCGUGGUGGUGCUCGGCUCCUCGGGCGUGGGUAAGAGCGCGCUGGUGCAGAGAUGGGUGCGCGGCACCUUCCGUGACACCUACCUGCCGACUAUUGAAGACACCUACCGCCAGGUGGUGAGCUGCAACAACAAAGUGGGCGCCCUGCACAUCACCGACACCACUGGAGGCCAGCGGUACCCGGGCCUGAAACGCCUGGCCAUUGCCAAGGGCCAUGCUUUCAUCCUGGUCUACUCAGUCACCAAGAAGGAGACCCUGGAGGAGCUAAAGGACUUCUAUAACCUGAUCUGCGAGAUCAAAGGUGACAACAUGCCUAAGAUCCCGAUCGUGCUGGUGGGCGCCAAGUGCGAUGAGAGCGGCCGCGAGCUGAGCCUGCGGGAUGGCGCCAUCUACGCGCUGGACUGGAAUUGCAUCUUCGUGGAGACCUCGGCCAAGACCGACUUCAAUGUGAAGGAGCUGUUCUGCCUGCUGCUGGACCAGGAAACUAAGCCCGCUCCCAACCCCCCGGCUCCCAAGAAGAAAUCAAAGAAGGAUAAGGAGAAGACCUUGGACAAGUGCCUUAUCAUGUGAGCCUCCAGCCUUAGGAGCCCAACUUGCCUGUCCUUACCUGCGCAGAAACCAUGGACUAAUCCCAGCAUAAUGUGUCACCUAUACGUAAUUGAUUUUGUGCUGUGAUUUGGUCUGUAACAAUCAAAUCUCAAUAAAUGUCCCCUGUAAUAGCCUUUUCCCCCCAGGUAAGAGAAUUCAGAUGGUUAAAACCUUGAAAUGAGAAAAAAAAAAAAAAAGAGCAGUAUACAUUUUCACAAUAGGAUCUGGACAGACUUUAGAGAAAUGUUUUAAAAAGAAAAGGAAAUGCAAAAUGAACCAAAAGAUGCCACAUCCCUUCUUGUAAUCCUAUUAUUGUGUAUUUUCAAAUCCUGUCAGCCUAAUAACACUCCUUCCACUGCUUUGACAAAUUGCUGUGAAAAAAAUAUAUACACUAAACAAGAAAUUAAAUGAAUAUUCUAUAGCUGCUCAUGGGGGUGGGGACAGAGAAAAUUAUGAAAGUGGGACAUCCUUACCAAAGAUGUACUAGUUUUCUGAGUUAUUUAAAAAUGUUUGAGUAUUCCACAUAGCCGUUUAAGGAAAAAGUGUAACAAUUCUCUAAUUCAAUAAAGCUAUUCUUGCAUGUAAUCGGCUCUAAUCAUUUCUUUUU